AUGAACCCAGCAGACUCUGCUACUCUCCACCAAACCCUUGUCGGCCAAGGCGCCCUGCUCGAGCAACAUCACCAAGCCCUGAAGACCCUUCUGGAGCACACCAAGGAGUUUUCACAGAGCCUGUCUGACCUACAGGGCCGACCCUUCGCCCAGAGCUCACAACCAGUUCCAAGUCCUUCUCCUCUGCUCCGGGAGCCGUUUGUUCCGACUCCCGAGCGUUAAGAUGGCAACCUCAGAGCCUGCAGAGACUUUUUGGUACAAUGUUCACUAGUAUUUGAGCAACAGCGCUACUCUUAUGCUAGCGAAAAGGCCAAGAGUUCCUUUCUGAUUGGCUGCCUCCGUGGAGCAGCGCUUUCCUGGGCCACGGCGGUUUGGGACAGACAGUCCCCCAUCUGGUUCUCCUACUCCAGAUUCACGGAGGAGAUGAAGAAAGACUUUGACCACCCGGUCUACAGUAAGGAUGCCGCUAAAUGACUCCUGUCCUUCCGUCAAGGCCCCCAUAGUGUUGCUGAGUUGGCAUGUGAGUUCCGCACCCUCGCAGCUGAGAGCGGCUGGAAUGAGGAAGCCCUUCAGGGAGCAUUCCGGAACGCGUUCACUGAGACCCUCAAGGACGAGUUGGUGUCCAGGGAUGAGCCUGAUAGACUUGAUGAACUCAUCUCUCUCGCUAUCUGCAUCGACAACCGUCUCCGGGAGCGUCAGAGGGAGAGGGUAGGUAAGGUUGCAUGUCCCAUAUCAUCUGCUUCAGUGCCUUGUCCUCCUUCUCUGACUGCAUCCCAUCCCCAGGCUUGUCCAGAUCCUGAACCCAUGCAGCUCGGCCGGGCCCGUCUCUCUCCAGAGGAGAGGCAACAACGAAUCGGCGCUAGGAGCUGCAUAUACUGCGGCCAGGUUGGUCACUUUGUCUCCACUUGUUCCCUGCGUCCAGCAAAAGAGGGGGACUCGGCAGUAGUGGGGGAUAUACUGUUGAGCCAAAUCGCCUGCCCAUCUUCCCCCAGACCCCUGCUUGAAGGCAACCUUGUGUGGCAGAGCCAGGCUUUUCCUCUGUCUGCUGUCAUCGAUUCAGGCGCCGACGAGAGCUUCCUGGACCGAGGUGUCGUUACCCAGUUGGGCCUGGACACUCCCACUCGAUUCACCCCUCAAUGCCAACGCUCUCAAUGGACAGCUCCUCACCCGUGUCUGUGAGAGAACCGUCCCAGUCAUCCUGCGUCUCUCUGGAAAUCACCAGGAAAAGAUCAGUUUCCACAUAAUCGACUGUCCUUGGCCAUCCAUGGUUAAAGCUAUACAACCCACAGAUUGACUGGACCUCCGGAAAGAUAACCACUUAGAGUUCAUUUUGUCACUAAUUGUUUACAUUCUGCCCUUACCCCCUGUCUUGAUCACUGUUAAGAACAAGUACCCCUUGCCACUAAUCAGCUCUGCUUUUGCCCCCCUCCAUGGUGCCACAGUGUUUACCAAACUCGACCUCCGGAAUGCCUACCACCUUGUCCACAUAAGAGAGGGGGACGAGUGGAAGACUGCGUUCAACACACCACUUGGUCACUUUGAGUAUAUGGUCAUGCCUUUUGGUCUUACUAACGCCCCUGCUGUUUUCCAGAACCUAGUCAAUGACAUGCUGAGGGAUGUGAUUGGACGCUUCGUUUUUGUCUAUUUAGAUGACAUCCUGAUUUUUUCCAAGGACCCUGAGGCUCACCAGCAACACGUUUGCCAAGUUCUUCAACGGCUGUUGGAGAAUAAGCUUUUUGUUAAAGCUGAAAAAUGUGAUUUCCAUGCUGCCACAGUGUCUUUCCUGGGUUACAUUAUUGCACAGGGACAGUUACGUAUGGACCCCUCCAAGGUCAUGGCAGUCAGUGGCCUGCGUCCUCCAACCUGAAGCAGCUACAUUGUUUCCUGGGGUUUGCAAAUUUUUACAGACAUUUCAUCCGCCACUACAGCCGUCUGGCAGCACCUCUCACCACUCUCGCCUCCACUCCGUUCCACUGGACUCCUGCGGCAGAGGCAGCAUUCCUGGAACUCAAGUGUCGCUUCACCUCCGUUCCCGUUCUUACUCAGCCCCACCCAGAACUCCAGUUCAUCGUGGAGGUGGACGCCUCUGACACCGGGGUAGGUGCUGUUCUGUCUCAAUGUUCCCCCUCUGAUCAGAAGGUCCACCCAUGUGCAUUCUUUUCCCGUAACCUCUCACCUUUAGAGAGGAAAUUGGAGACCGGGAACUCCUGGCAGUUAACCUGGCUCUGGAGGAAUGGCGUCACUGGCUGGAGGGCUCUGUAACCCCCUUCAUCGUGUGGACUGACCAAAAAAACCUGUCCUACAUCCAGAUCGCCAAACGUCUGAACUCCCGGCAAGCCAGGUGGGCCUUGUUCUUUGGUAGAUUCAAUUUCACACUCACUUAUUGCCCCGGAUCGAAGAAUACCAAGCCUGAUGCCCUCUCUCGCCAGUUCACCACCGACAACACGGGUACUGAGCCAGAAGCCAUUGUGCCAUCCACCUGCAUCGUUGCCGCCAUCACCUGGGAGAUCGAGUCCCAUAUCCGCCAGGCUCAGCAGAACCAGCCUGACCCGGGUAACGGUCCUAGUAAUGCUCUGUUUGUCCCAGAUUGUGUUCGCUCUGAUGUUCUUCAGUGGGGCCUUUCUACCCACCUCACCUGUCACCCUGGUAUGAACCGGACCCUCGCCUUCCUGCGUCAGCGCAUUUGGUGGCCCACCAUGGAGAGAGAUGUCUGGAUCCAGUCUAAACCCCGGUUCAAAAGGUAUGGCUCUCAUCGAAGGAUCUGCCAUUGAAGGUGGCAUCGAAGAAACUUUCCCCCCGAUUCAUGGGUCCCUUUGAAAUUGACCGUGUCAUUAACCCCUCUGCGGUGCACCUGAAACUCCCAGCCUCUCUCAGGAUCCAUCCUACCUUCCACGUAUCCCUGAUUAAACCUGUCUGCUCCAGUCCCCUGUCUCCUCCUGCAGCAGCUCCUCCACCCCUCGGCUCAUCGAUGACCAUCCUGCCUAUACCGUCCGGCGGCUUCUGGACGUGCGCCGUCGGGGUCGUGGCUGGCAGUACCUGGUGGACUGGGAGGGAUACGGGCCUGAGGAGCGCUGCCGGGUGACCUGCCGUCACAUUCUGGACCCCUCCCUCUUACGGGAUUUCUAUACCUCACACCCAGAUAAGCCUGGUCGGGCGCCAGGUGGCGCCCUCUACUGCUCAUUCUGUGUCUCCUUGACCUGCCGCCACUCCCCCAGUACACUCUCUCUCUGUCUCUCUCUCUCUGUCUCUCUGUGUGUGUGAUUGUGUGGGCGGAGACAGGUGUGCUGGAGUCAGAGCAGAUCCCCACCAGCUGCAACCUGUUCCAUAAUCAAGACCUCUACAAAUACUCAGUCCUGCCACUUCUACACUGCCAGAUUGUAAUAUCUGCUCACUCAGUCUAUGGUUCUAGCCGUUUGUUACUAUUCAGAUCCUGUUAUCCUGCUGUGCCUGUCUUCCUUGCCUGACACUGUUUUCCUCUCCGCUACAGUCCCGCCCGCUCUGACUCUGGUCCCUGUCUCCAGUCCCACGUCUCGUCAUCCUGCUACUCUGUCCUGGAUUCCCCACUCUACUGCUCCCUUUGA